UUUCCUUCCUUACUGAAUGGUCCUUUCUCUUUACAAGACACUUUUGGCAUUUUCUGAAGGACCAGUCUUGGAGAAAUGUCGUUUUGCCCCGCCGGGUUUGAAGAUUCAGACUCCGAUGAUGAGGGUUUUUUCAUGGGAGGUUCAAAUAGUUACAGUGCCAAAACGGUUAAUAACAAGCCAGAUAUGAAUGGUAUGACUGGUGCUUCAUCAAAAAACUUUACUGGAAUAUCUGCUGGAGCAGAAUCUUGUAAUCCACACCCUGAAGACGUAGAAUUUGAAACAUCGAAAGCUCAAACGGAUGGAAGGAGAAGACAACACUCAUCUCAGAAAACAAGUGACAAUAGAAAUGACGGAGCGACUGGUCUCGGCAGAGGCAGAGGACAGCUGCAACAAAGGGGAAAAGGAAGGGGAGGGUUUCCAAGGCCUCCAUCAUCGUACAGUAGUAGGGGAAAAUCAUCAAGAAGGUUUGGAUGGGAUGAAUAAUACCCAGGAAUAAUAUUACAUUGACGCCCGGGGGGGGUACUCCCAUACAUUACCUAUACGGGUAUGUGCCGCCCAAAGGGGUCGUGAUUUUGAAGCUUCUGGUUUAGAACGGGGUAUCCAUUUCAGACGCGGUUUCUAGAACGGGGUAUAAUAUUUCGAACGCAUGAAAGCUCUCCACUUUUGUAAGCAGGCAUUUGAAAGCCUUCAAAGACAGAUUGCUUUUCAAAAUAAGGUUCAGUGCGUUAACAAGCAAACCGUUGUACUCUUGUUGCACCCUAGAACGGAGCAUAAAAAAUUGGUCCAUUUCUAGAACGGGGUGUUAGUUUUAGGGCGAAUUCUAGAACGGGGUAUAAAAAAUUGGCCUAUUUCUAGAACGGGGUAUCAAUUUUAGGGGAAUUUUUUUCUAGAACGGGGUGCCAAUUUGGAAUCCCAGGCGGCACAUACCCACCCAAAAAAUACCCAAGUGCCCCCCCCGGGCAUUGACGCCUUUGAUUCAGUAGACUUAUCAAGCCUAACGCACCUGUCAAUCAACAAUGUUAUCCCUAAGGGGUGGCUGGGACCAUGGGCUGAGAAGGGAAUCAGAAAAUAAAUUUUUAGUCAAAUUCGCCCCUCCCUCUAAAUUUCAGGGCUUGGAAAAAACUUGAAUUCCAGCUUGCUCUUUCUUGCCAAAAGAUUGAGCCACUUCUUGCUGGGCUUUGGUAAUAUUUUAUUUAGAGGACAACUUGCCUGGAACCUCACCCAUUGAGCAAGAAAGCUUGAAAAGUUACUUGCCCAGCAAGAAAAUUUACCUAUCCUGGACUACCUUUGGCACAGCCAGCCCCUAGACAGAGUUACGCCCCCAUGGCUGGCAAACCCGCGCCCUCCAGCCAUGAGCCCCCACGCCAAAGGAACCAGGCACCUGUCACACUGAUUUAACAGUGGAAGAAUUAAGGGGGGGAGGGCUGGGGGUAAAAGAAUGAUCCAAAGGCUAAACGAAGAGAAUGGCCGCUGCAAAAACACUGUACUGAGCACAAGGAGACGAUGCAAGCAAGGGUGACCAUGCUUGAGCCAAACGACUGACCGCUGACCACGCUCGCGCUCCUUGUCGUUAACUCUGUUAAAUAAAUAUUUACUUAACCUCAUUCAAAUAGUUCUUCUUGACUGAAGGGAAAAGAUAGACUUUUGCUCUCCCUUGUUCCAUCACUCUAUAUACUUUGUAAUACAAAUUUUCAAAUGCGAUCUACAGGAGUAAUUUCUCACCAAACAAAUCUACACAAGCAGAGACCCGAAAAGCAUCAUUAUCACUAGCUGUUGAUGACUUGCGAGUUGCAGUUGAGAAAGGGAACAUCGCUGCAGUUCAAAAGUAUUUAGAUGAUGGUGAGUGUUUUUUGACUGUAGACUCUCUAAGUUUCUUGGAAUAAUAUUAUGAGUCACUCCGAAUUGGAUCAGUUGGUGGAUUCAUUCCAUUAGUGGUAUGAGAGUUAGUUCCUUCAAUCCUGAACUGCAACUAACCACCUGCAUUGAACGACGUCUCUUGUACUACUUAUGAUGUCAUCAGUUUUAACAGUCAUAGACAUCUUCAAUGUCUUUUUAGUGCCGGGGGGAGUAUUUUAAACCAUACCAGAAUAAGCACAAUUUAGUCAAACAGGCUGGAGAAAAAAUACGUAAAACAAUGCAGCACAAAGAUAAGCAUCCAAAAAGUGCAUUCAAUAUCUUUGUCCAAAAUUUCUGUACCUAACUGCAUCUGGAUCGACUGUGUACCAGAAGAAUUUCGUAGCUGUUAAAUUCCUAUGCCUACUAACCGCAUAUAGAUUUCAAGUUGCCAGGUUUAAAUACCCAGAAACUUGAAAUCUUUGUGACAUCCCUGGAAUAAUUAUGUGUUACAGGUCAAAUUUGAUCUCAGGUUAAUUUUGAUUUAACCUAUUUUAGGUUGAUUCUCAAUUUCCUAUGUCUCCUAGCCCUAGAAAACAAAAAAAAUUGAGAAUGAACCUACAAUCUUGGACAAAACUGUUGAGAAAAUAUCACAUUCUCAGAGCAUUUUUCCUAACAUCCUCGCUAUACCGCGUUCUCCCUUCCCCCCUCCCCUUGGAAGUAAUGUUGUUGUGUGUUCUAAAGCAACCCUGAUCCUUAGACAUUUGUAGGAAACAACAUUGACCUUGUUGAAAUAGUGUUGUUGCAUUUGAUAGUGUGCAUGGAGGGGUACAAAUUCUCAAGUAGUUUUGUCCAGGAUUGAAGGUUAAAAUUUUUUAUCCUGAAAUCGAAUUUGACCUGUAACAUACAGUGUAUACGUGAGUUAGAAGCCUUAUUAUCCAUUAUUGGAUUGAUUGUUGUUUCCUAUUAAGCAUAUUUCUCUUUGUUUAUUUGGUUUACAUUUUCUUAAACAUUCUUAAGAUCUUUUUGCAAGCUUCCAAAAUUAAUGAAAUAUUUUUUGUCUUGCAGGGAUUGAUCCUGAUGUCCAUUUAAAGUCUGGCUGGACCUGUCUGAUGUUAGCAGCUAGUUCAUCAUCAUAUGAAUUAAUGGAAUUUCUCGUAAACAGAGGGGCCAAUGUUAACUUCCAUAAAGGUAUACUUUUUAGAGGAAAUGGGAUAAGUUUGAAACAAUGUUGUUUAGCUUUUUUAUUUGCAUUCUAUAGGUAACUUUCCUUUUCCUAAAGUUGGAUAGUGAUGAGGUAAAUUGCUCACUGUUAAACAUUUUAAUGCUCACAGUGGCCAGUGUAAAACUUCACAAAAAUUCCUUUUUUUUUUAAAUCAGGACUAAAUAGUAACUGUAACACACAAAAGUUCUGCCAAAGACGUUUUAUUUGAAUGGCAACAGCAAAAUAAUUCAUCCACAGAUUUAAAACAAGUUAAAGUGACAAAACACACUGCCACAACUUAGUGACACCACUACUAGUUUUCGCGCAAAAUGAUGUCUGAGGAAUGUCUGCAGAAAUGCCAUUCUAAUGGUGUGUCACUGCCAAGACCUGGGUAGUACUUCUGAUUGGUUGAGGCAAAUUUCCCUUGUGGCAAGACCAAUCAGAAGUACUACCCAGAUCAGGAUAGUGACACGUCAUCAGUAUGGAAUUCCCCAAUUCAAUCAUCCCCGUGACUUGAAAUACGGAAUACCCCAGUGUCAAUUCACAAGGAAACCAGUGGUGACAUUGCAGAAUGUCAGCUGUUUCCUCAGGCUACCUCUUUUGGGAAAUUCUCUCUGAAUAAGACCUAACCCAUAGAAAUUUACAAUGUACCUCAAACCAUCAUUUUUGUUAUGACUGGUUUCACAUACAUGUAUCAGUGCAGUUGAUAUUAGGUCACUUAUGACUCCUUUUUAAUGCAGAGAUGUACACUGUGCUGAUGGCAACAUGUGCAACAUCUGCACGCAUUCCAGAAGAACAGGUUUUCAAGUGUGUUGAACUGCUGCUACAGAAGAAUGCCAGAGUCAAUGUUUACGAUAAGUAAGCUGUUUUAAUAAUGAUGCUAUUAAAACAUUCUUUGUGAAUGAACCCCUUCCUUCUGUUCAUAUAUUCUGCAAUUCUUUUUUCUGCGAACUACCUAGAUAUCGCAUGUCUCCAUUGAUGUACGCUGCAAGAGAAGGAAGAGUUAAAGUUUGCGAGAAGCUGUUAGAACAGGGUGCUGAGAUCAACAAGCAAGAUAUGCGUGGGUGGACGGUGAGUGUAGUAAGCAAGAGCAAACACUAGUUUCAUCUUCAGGACUCAUAAUAACUGUUAUUAUGAGUCCUGAAGAUGAAACUAGUUUUUGCUCUUGCUUUAACUUCUUGGAAACAUUAGGAUCUGUUUUUUUAAGCUUUGUAUCACACAGAUGUGUUCCUCAGCAGUUUUUUGAAUUUCACUGUAUAUAAAUAUCAAAAUUGUGUUCUAAUGUGUUUCUUAGUCUUUGUCAUUUGCGGCAAGCCGUGGUCAUGGUCGAGUUGUACGCACCUUGCUGGAUCUCGGGGCAGACCCUAAGGUUUAUUCAAAUGAUGGACAAACUGCAAGUGAUAUUGCCUACUCUAACGAAUAUCAUGCUGUAAGUUCACAUGAGUUGAUCUUUUGUCAGUUCUUAGUCACAUAAAAUAGGACAGUAAAUAAUAUUAUUCCUGAUUUCUGUUGCUAAUUUUUAGAGUUGUCUAACAUUUUAAAUGAAAUAAUAAGAUUUCAGAUAUUAUUUCCUUUGUGGCGAGUGGAAAACAGGUGGCUAGUACAGAAGCUGUUACUGAGGAAGCUAUGGAGCAAAGAAGGUUAGAGAACAAGGCUCAGUGUUAAUGCUCUUAACUUCUGAAAAAUGCACACAUCCUUUUGCUGGGUAGAAAAUAAUUUAGUGGCAAAUACUAGCAAAACUGGACUUCAUAAGCCAACCCUAACCCCUAACCCCUAAACAAAUUCUGUUUGCGAAAGGAAGUGAAUCAGGGUUCUUUAAUAAGGUCUCUUGUGAUAAACAGUGUGGCAAAAAAGGUCUUGGUGGCGCACCUCUACCCCAGCUUCCGUUGACUUCCCCGCCUCCCGGGUGAUGAACUUUGUGUUGAAAUUUUUCUUUUUUUGCCAUUGCUUGUAGUGUUAAUAUAACCGAAGACAGCUCACUCAGUUACGGUAGCCUGGAGUUAUUUCUUGCUGGACAUGAACUAACACAUCUAUUGCCCAAAUUUCAGGUAAAAUGUUACCAUGAAACUAUUUGCUUGUUCAUGAAAUAAUUUAUUAUGGCCCACAUAUAAUGGAAUUGAACGAAUGUAAGUGCUUCAGGGCUGUAGCCAGACUUCAGAACAAGAAGAGGCAAGUUUCGAGCGCUGAAGGUGCAAGGUGCUAGGGGAGUCUGAUGGGGUGCCCCCCUAGAAAAUUUUAAAAUCUAGAGGCUCAGAAAUGCUCUUGUAAGCAUUUUCCGUGGUAUUUUUCUUCAGAAAAGUCAAUCUUGGGCAAGUGUAGAAGUUCACUUUUUUAUUGCUUAGCGAUACUGGUGCCAAGUUAAUGACCAUCUGCAUUUUAAAGCAUUUGAAAAACCACUACCCACGGUUCACAUGAAAUGAAUUAACCUCAUCAAAAAGCUUUUCCCCUCAAUACAUCCACCUUAUAUUGGCUGGUUUUAUCUUAACCAAUCCAAUUUUUUCUAGGGAUUAUUUUCUCAAUUAAACGUUUCUUCCCAAAAAAAGGCUAAAAUCAAGACGAGGCGACUGCUAGCUACAGCCCUGUGCUUUUCUUGAAAGCUGGUUUUCACUAGCGAUGAUGUCAGAGUCAGAGUCUUAAUCAGAAGGGUACAACAUGACGAUCCAGUGAAAACAGUUUUCUGAUUCUUCUUACGACUGUGUCGCGUACGAUCUAGUGAAAAACAGGUUGUCUGAAUCGCAAGCAGAAGCGGAAGAGCAAAAUCAAUCCUUCCCCUUCUGCUUCUGAGUUCACUUGACAAAACAGCCAACAAUGCACAAAGCUACCACUGGUUUCCCCGCGAAAUAAAGUCUGUGGAAUGAGUGUGAAAAUUCCGUACUGAUGACGCGUCACUACCCAGAUCUGGGUAGUGCCGGCUUCUGAUUGGUUGAAAAUUUGCUUCAUACUUCAACCUUUAGAGAAUACACCAGUAAAGAGUUGUAUUAUUUCAUUGUUCAGGAACACAAGGUUACAUUUGAUGGUUUCUUGAGUCUGACAGAAAAGGAACUGGACCAGGUACAUACCUAUUAACAGUCGUCUGAAGUUAGCUUUAAGCCCUGGCCAAACCUACCCUGGGUAGCAGAAGCUUUUCUCGCGUACGGCGGGAAUUUUCGGUGUCGGCCGAAGGCCGACACAUCUUCGGCCGUAGGCGGAAGCCACGAGCGCGGGUCACUAUAAAGACUUGACAGAAACCGGAAACCGCGCUAGAAAAGUCUCUGGCACCCAGGGUAGGCCAAACACAGUUCUCAAAAUGAUUUUCAGACGGUGGCCGUACGCAAUGACCAGCAGCCGCCGUAGCCGACGCGAUCGUUAGCGCGAGCAAAGGUUUGGCUGAGGAGCUGCGAAGUCGUGCGCAGAAUGGGUAGUUAACUAUUCCUUGUGUAAUUUUCUAUCGAAAUUUUUAGAAAGAGACAAUAAUGAGGAUUUGGUUGUUUGUUCAAGAAUGAGAGUCUGUGUGACCAGUGAACAUGACUGGCAAUUGGAGUUUCGGGCCGGACAAGUCGCCAUAUUGACUAGAAAUUAUCCGUUGCCAGCCGUUAUUUUGAGCCCUGCAAACCAAUGCAACUUGUUGAUACAGCAGUUAAGAUAGAACGACCAUGUGUAGAAAACUGCCUCAUGCAACUCUUGGUUGUCUAGGUAUCUGUUCAAUCAAAAGUUUAUGGACAUUUAUUGUUAACGUGAUAGUUAUCUGCUUUAUUCAAUCAGAUGGGAAUAACCCAAAUAGGUGUGCGAACUAAAAUCCUGGAUUCCAUACGAGAAAUUCACAAGAAAGAAUGGGAUGUAACCAGCUUACAGGCCAUGGAGAAACAUUCAUUAAGGUACGGUUAGUAUUUCAAGCUCGGGUACGAAUAGCCUGUGAACAGGCUCUCUGUUUGGAGAAAAAUAGCAAGGAAAGGGAAGGGAAAGGGGAGGAGAGACCUCUUUUCGCUUUUCCCUCUCCCCACCCCGCUCGACUAAAGGCCUCUUCACAGGCUAGGGUACGAAACUCCAGCAAAAGUGUCUCCUUUCAGGCUAAGCUGAAGUAAUUAUCAUAUUAUAAUUAUUAACACUUCAAUUCACGUGCUGAAAGUUCAGUUUAUCUUGGGUAUGACCUCUACUGAACUUCAAUUGCCUUAGCUUUUCCAUUUUGCGUUUUAGUUCUUUAUGGAUAAUUGAUACCAUCUUCUGUUUUUUGACAGAGCAGUAUAGCGCCCCGUUUUGCUAAAAGAAGUAAACCCCCUCUCCAAUAACUUCCCUCUCCAUUCAGCCUCCCCCACCCCCUCAAAUGCACUUGAAGUACUUAAUAAGUCCCCUGGGGGUGGUGGUUAAAAGAGGAUUUACAGUAAUCACCUCCCAAUGACCCUGAGUAUACAUUUUUUCUCGUACAGUGCCGCUGAAGUUACCGUCAUUCUUGCUAAUGUGUCCAAGUACUUAACGUACGUAAGAAGCAGUGUAUCCUAUGUACAGAAACACUUAAACUCUGUCCGUGAGCCUCUGGAAUUUGUACAGGUAAAUAUUUUACUGAAUACCUGUUCGGCAUAUGAGGAUGUUCAAAGAAUUAGCUAUUUUGUGGCUGAUCAUUAUAAUUAUGGAGAAGAGAAGUCGUUACGUCAUGUUGCCAUGGUAGCAAAAUUUCUGGAUGAUAACAAACCAAAACGUCACCGGCUUAAAAAGUGGAUUCGCACUGUUUCAAAUAGCCUGCGAAAACAUCCGCUUCUCCUCGCUCUUCGCCGCCGGGGACGUUUCGCGAGGAGGAACGUCUGCGACUCAGCGGCAGAAAUUCCAUACUGAUGACGCAAACCAAUGUUUACAUCAUGAAUCCAGUAGUCAUGGGGUUUCAAAUACAAAUUUGUCCAAUUUUACGUGUCUUCUGGUCGAUUUUGGUAAGUGUUGUGUUCAUCUGCCAACGAGCUCCAACAAAACUCAAAUGCUUCUUCUAGAGAAGACUAUAUUCCACAAAUAUUGACUGUUUUGUUAGAGAUUCUUCGCGUUUACAUUUGACCUUUGUGGCCUUUUGUCUUUGGUCUGUCAUUCGUAAACAAUAGCUAAAACAAUGUAACUACUCCGUCGACCAAUCAGCGCUUCUGACCGGAUUUCGGACAGAUUUUACGUCAUCAGUAUGGAAUUUCUGUCGCUGAGUGGCAGACGUUCCUCCGCGCGAAACGUCCCCAUCGGCGAAGAGCGAGGAGAAAUGGAUGUUUCCGCAGGCUAUGUUUCAAACUCCAUCGAUCUUAUUUAAUGUCAUUUUAUUUGUCAAAUGUUGGCGAAAUUUUGUGGGUUAAAUCCGAAAGGACCAUGUCUAAGUUUAGAAAACGAAAAUUUCUGUGUUGUGCUCACAUACUCUUUAAAACGGGCGUGUGAAAUCAGGAAGUUUCAUAUCGCAGUCGUGCAACAACGGCUAAGACAUGUACAAAAAAGUUGGUUUUUUUGUCAAUCUAAACCUAUUGUUUUUUUGCUGUUCGCCGUCGCCGUUGCAAAAACUCUCUGUUGUUGUGAUCCAGAAAUUUUGCUACCAUAGUAACGCGACGUCACACUUCUCCUCUCAUUUCUUGGACUAUCAUUUCUUUCAAGGAUCUGUGUCUCGAAAUUUGUCAAAAUUAAAACCGUGAGAACUGUCACCAAACUGAGUAAAACAUGAAAAUAGCCGCUCAAAACAUGGAAAGAAGUUAUGAAUAACACUGUAAAUACAUAAGGCGACACGGUUGGAUCAAACUUGAAGAAGAUUGAAACGGGUUGCACUGAUUGUGGUUUUGCAAACCUUUUAGCCUAACAGUUUUUCAAAGCGGUUCAUUUUUGUUGUUUGUAACGUUUGAUAUAAUGCUUGAGAGUCAUACUUGUCUCACACUAAGCUGUCAUUUUCUCAUUCGCAAGUAAUUUCUCAAGUUCCAUAACGAGCAAGGACCGAUAAUUGGCAUUUUUGACAAAAUGACUUAGAUAGCGGCGACACAGCCCCUAUAAUUAAUUGGUUAUUGCAAGAAGACCCAAUGGCCAAGAUGGCCAAUGAUAAUGUAAGCUCGAUACGGAAUCAGCCGCUGCUCAGGAAAGGAGCCUGCGCUCCUCCCCUCCUCCUCCUCCCUUGUCGGUGAUGAACGAGACCAAACCUGAGAGACCAAGUUCUUCACCAGGUAGCAGGCGUAGUAAGCUCAGCUUAAGUACGCACAUGCAGAAGGAGAAGUCUGUAAAGCGCUAGCCCGCUUGUCGCACAAGCUCUGCCUCCAAUCAUGUGCCACCGUUUCUCGCCUAUCAAGAACAAAACCAGUAAAUUUUCACUGAAGCACCCGACUUCGAGUGGAGUUCUUUGGAGAACGUUAAGACAGUUUUUUGUCUGUUACGAUAAAUUUGAUGAUACCAUUUCAAGUGAAAAUUAUCAAGAAAUGUUUUGCGGCAGAGCAUUCUUGAGGCUAUACUAUGUGGUUCUUAGCAUUAGAUCCUCGAGAGAGAGAGCGUUGCAAUGUCAAUGUUUUCUAUUUUCAGGAUGUAACAUUAGCAGAAGGAAUGGUUAUGUACUCCAGGGAAGCAACCGAAGCUGUUCAGAGCUUAAGUGAGGAGCUCAGCUCUGUUAAAACACAAAUUUCACAGGUUUGUCCUUGGUCGAUUUUGUCAGUUUGUGGAGCAAUUACAGCGUUUGAACUAAAGUUGAAACAUAAGAAAAUGACUUGGUCUCUGGCUAACAAAUUGAAUAGUCCGGUCUCUUAGUGCAAAAUAUAGGCCGGAUCGUUACAGACGUGACAAAAGUGUCAAAUUUGGCACAGAGCUUCCUUAGCACCUACUGAUUAAUACUGGAGGGGGUGCCCGUUACAAAUGGUCCAAAUUACAGAUAAAAGGGGGGGUUAACUUUCACCUAUAAUAGCAGAUUGGGUUCCCUGUGGUGAGUACUCUUCUUGUUUGAUUUGGCUAAAAAACAUUUGUUGCAAAUUUUUAAGUUUUUAAUUUGGUAAUGUUUAGUUGUUGUUACACUAUUCAAAAUAGUUUUACAUAUACAUAAUACUGACAAGUGCCCAGUCUCCACACGGUAAGUGUGGCCAUGUUCAUUGUGCGGACUGUGCGGCUAUCAGUGUCACUGCUAAGACUUGCCAGUGAUAAUAUCAUUACAUAUCAAUUUAAACAGAUCACAAAGCCAGCUUUCAAAGAUGUCAUACAAUAACAUAAAACGCAAAUGUAUCACAUCCUAAACGACAGAAUCGUUAAAGUUUGAAAUGCCACAUGAACGACCUCAUGAACCGUAACUGACAACGCGCCCACUUUGUAAUUGUGCAGCUAAGAUUAGAUUAUAAUUUGCUUCGUUGGUAACCCUGUCCUUGAGAUAAUGAUUAAAACAUUAUCAUUAUCCAUCAUAUCUGAAAGUUUCAAAGCUAUAGCUUAAAACCUGUCCCGACUGGAGGUCGGUCAAUUUUGAUUUUUGCGUCUAAAAUAGAGUGAGAGAAAAUCAGCUCUAAAGAUUUAGCGCGAGCUCCACGCUUGGCUGGUUAGCUCAGAAAAGGCUCAUUUUAGAAGGGUUAAAAAGCACUUUCUGAUUUUCUUUUUCUGCCAAAAUAAAAUUUAUGACUCCCUCAUGCCAGAAAUCCAAAAAAACCAAAAUCGAGCAAUGCACUAAAAUUUCAAUUUACCGAGACCUUAAAAAGAAGUGCAUGAGGUCCCUGCAUGCCUAGACACCUGUAAGCGGCUCAUUCACUUCAGAGCCCUUGGACCAGAGUGUUAAUGGUAGGUCUAUAGGAUCUUUCAAAAAAAAGGAAGGUCGUUUACAAACAAUCUAACUUCAGAAGAGCUGAAAUUUACAGGAACAAGGCCUCUUUUAGCAAACCAAUGAUGCAUCAUUUAUGAAAAUGAAUGUAAUUUGUUUGAUGCAAUUAGGCGAAUACCCCGUGGCUACGAAAUCUUACGAUCAUGAAUUCCUCAAGAGCAAUUCAGUUACCAACGUUUCACAAAAUAAUGCUGUGGAAAAUUACAGAAAAUACCAAAAAAGCAAGGGUCAACAAUAAUUGUGGCCUGGUCCCUUAUAAUAAUGGAGUGGUCAUUAUAAAGAAGCCCAUCAGCCCCAACUUUGACCACUCAAACAGAUUUUUGACAGAUUACAUACUGCAAAACUUUGCAUUCACUCAUGCCUAUGUUGCCACACCAGGAGCCUAGAAAUCGGCUCCUGGUCACACCUUGUUUUUAUUGCUGAAUAUCAUUCUAAAGAGCUUUUCGAAAUAUUUUGUUAGUAGGGGUGUUUUGAACAUGAUUGAUAUUUAGAGAUGGUGACAAAAACGAACACAGAAAAAGUCACAAAACGAGACGCAUGAAACAACCGCAAUCUAAUAUUCGUUUUACACCGAUAUAAUGGCUUCUUUGGCUGCUAUGCUGACAUUCUUGAAGAUGGCCGGUAGUUUCAAAGCUCGUCCCGGGUUAGGUAUACCGUUUAUUACCAGUUUCACGGUUCCUGAGACUUAGGGCCUGUUAACAUAAAGGUGGGGGACCCCAGGUAGGUGAGGUAACCUGCUUAGGUGGGGUAAAAAAAUAACCCUUCUUUACAUGCAGUCUUACAACCCCACCAUCCUGGGGUGCAGUUUCUCAAGAUUAUUGAAUGGUCGCUAAGCAUGUAAACAAGAAAAAUGCUGGCAAACCACGUCUACGCUCAAUUGCUGCUCUUGCUACAACCUUCAGUGUUGUGGCUUUCUAUUGUUACCAUUAAUAAUUAUGUGAAGCCACCCAGCGCCAAAGUGAAUUUUGCGCGAAUUUGAUGUAUCACGAAUCCGACCCCGACUAGCCUGGGUUUCCUCACCUUGAAACGUUGACAUGGAAAAAUUUGACCUCAGCUGAGAGGGUUACCUGGUGUGGCAGACCGGGCUACCCACCUUGAAGGGUGACCCCACCUAUCAUGUAAACGUGAUCAAAUUAAAAUGAGAGAUUAUAUGGACAAGCGGGUUACCCCACCUAAGUGGGUUACCAUUCCUACCUGGGGUCCCCCCUCCUCCAUGUGAACAGGCCCUAAAAGUUAGCCCGGCCCCCUUUCUACAGUUUCAGCAGUUAAACCAUUCACCAUUUAUCAUUUGAGUCAAUCUUGUACCACUUGAGUCUCACUUUUACGACUUGAUAAGCUGUUAUUAUUUUUGGACAUGAGUGCUUCAGUGCCAAAUGUAGAGGCUUCAUGAUAAACUGUACUGUUUUUUGAAGCUUGGGCUAACUUGUUUCUUUUUUUCGUUUAUGAGACCAGAUUCUUUUUUGUUUGUUUUUGCUUUGUAAAGCUUAGACAAACUGCGGAAAUUGUAAAUGAUAUGACUUGUGCCACGGUGCUUGCUUCUCUGUCAAAAUAUGCACUUGCGUCCAGCAGAUAACUGGAUAAAGAGAGACUGAAAGGCAUCCAGGCCUAUGUUAAGCUGAAAAAUUAAUUACCUCCCUAGGAAAGAACUAUUUUGGGUUCUGGCAUUUCGUUAUUUGCUCUUCAUGAAUAGCUGUCAUAAAUCCCUGAUAAUAUGUGAUACAACAGACUCUUUGACAAUUUCUUUUUUCUGAAAUUUUGUGUGUGAAUCGCUAUGCCAUACGCUUUCUUCAGUUUAAAGUGACAUGUAAUGACAAGUAAUAUUUGAUAAAUAAGGCUUAAGCCACACAAUAAGGCCUUCUCUAAUUGAAAUACAUUAGAAAAGGAGAAAAGACCCCAGAAGCUGAGUACUUGCAAGUUAUGAAGCAAAGACGAGGCCAUCUUAGAAAUGACUUAUAAAAAUGUGGGCGGACUGUGGACUUGCUUUAAGGGCACAGUAAUAAUCAACUUAAUUAUACAAUCAAUAAGCAAAAAUGGAUGGGAAUGCCAGAUGUUUGAGUGAAAUUGUUGUUUACAACCUGAGAAUAGAAUUCAGAGUGAUUUAAGGUAUUAAAUAACAAUUUUCAAUCAAAACACCACAGGGACCCCAGCAGGUGAAAUGUGCAAUAAUUAAAUCCUGUUUAGCUCGCUUCAGUGGCAUAUUUUUGCAGUGGGCACCCCCUCUAAUAUUCAUGGUACUGCAAUAAGCUAUCGCUGUGCAAAGUUUGGUGCUUUUGUCAACUCUGUAACGAUCCUGACCCUAAGAGACCUGACUAAAAGAGAUAUUGGGGUGACUAAGGGCCGGUCAGAAAAAUAAACGAAAACCCGGCCUGUUUUUAUCUUAUCAUGAAUUCUUAACUGGCUUUCUGUUUAAGAGAAACGAGAUUUUUUCACUUUUCCAUUUUUUUCUUCACGAGUAGAGAUAUUUGUCAUGUUUGUGUAACCGGAUUGAUAAACUGGGACGAUUCUACUGUCAUUGAAUACCCCAUGCUAGACGCAAAGCUUCAUGCCGGUUAUUUCAAAAGCGCUUAUUCUCUCAGUCUGCUUGCUCUCAGUAUUUAACGUGGUUAUAUGAUCAUAAAUCAACACUUGAUCUGGAUCUUGUUUUCUUUUUUUGGCAGAUCAGCUCCAAAGUAUCAAAUACAGCUCCAGAUCUGGUUAACUAUCAGAAACCACAGUCAUCCCAUUCUUCAUCACGGGUUGGCGUCACACUAGUAGCAGGGGUGGCUACUGUCGCAUUGGGUGCCUUUGUGUUUCACAGGGUUUGGAGCAAUUCAUGACAACGAAAAGAAGACCUUAACAGAUGACACGGUGUCCAUGCGUGACAACGUUUUACUACGUCUUACUUCGCUGAGAGCCCAAUUGUCAAGUGUGUAAUAGCUAGUGCACAUGAACCUCCUGGGACUUUGAAGAGCAGAUGUGGAGGGUCUUGUUUCUCCUGUAAUGAUACUGUUACUUUGGGAAAAAGAGCUUUGCAACAUCUGUGUUUGCAGUCCGCCCUGUCCCCAGUACUAUCGUUCCUAGGGCCUCCCUUCUUAGUAAGGCCUUUUCGCUUGCCCAAAAAUUUGGCCAGUCCACUC